AUGGGUCUCACCUCCCAACUGAUUCCAACUCUGGUCUGCUUACUAGCACUCACCAGCACCUUCGUCCACGGACAUAACUUCAAUAUUACCAUUAAAGAGAUCAUCAAAACGUUGAACAUCCUCACAGCGAGAAACGACACGUGCAUGGAGCUGACCGUCACCAACAUCUUCGCUGCCCCAAAGAACACAACUGAUACGGAAACCUUCUGCAGAGCCACAACUGUGCUUCAGCAGCUCUCUACACACAGUUGCUCCAACAAACUCCUCGGAGGGCUUCACAGGAACCUCAAGACAAUGGCAAACAUGACCUGUUCAGUGAAUGAAGUCAAGAAGAGUACGCUGAGAGACUUCUUGGAAAGGCUAAAAGCGAUCGUGCAAAGGAAAUACUACAGGCACUGA